UAAAGCCGAUCCCAGAGCCAGCCGACUCAUUCAAAGCUCCGACUUCGUUGCGUGCACACAGAGUCUCCGAGUCUGAAUCUAGUGGAACAUUGCGACCUGUGGAUUACGCGAGUUUACUUUACCCUCUCUACAAAAAAAAAUAAAACCAAACUACUACAAAAUGGUUCUGGAAAUGGAGAUGUCCAAGACGUAUCAGUACCGCAAGGUGAUGAAGCCCAUGCUGGAGCGCAAGCGCCGUGCCAGGAUCAACAAGUGCCUGGACGAGCUCAAGGACAUCAUGGUGGAGUGCCUGACCCAGGAGGGCGAGCACAUCACCCGGCUGGAGAAGGCCGACAUCCUGGAGCUGACCGUGGAGCACAUGAAGAAACUGCGUGCCCAGAAGCAGCUGCGUCUGUCCAGCGUCUCCGGUGGAGUGUCUCCGAGUGCCGAUCCCAAGCUCAGCAUCGCCGAGAGUUUCCGAGCGGGCUACGUUCAUGCUGCCAAUGAAGUGUCCAAAACUUUGGCCGCUGUUCCCGGAGUGAGUGUGGAUCUCGGCACCCAGCUGAUGAGUCACCUUGGCCAUCGUCUCAACUACCUGCAAGUGGUGGUUCCCUCGCUGCCCAUCGGAGUGCCCCUCCAAGCUCCAGUCGAGGAUCAGGCUAUGGUCACCCCACCUCCCUCGGAAUGCGGCAGCUUGGAGAGCGGAGCAUGCAGCCCGGCGCCCAGCGAGGCCAGCUCCACCUCUGGCCCCAUGUGGCGACCCUGGUGAGCAACUGGACUCCAGAUGACAUUCACCUGAAUCGCCUUCAAGCGGAAGGCUUCUACAAAUCGUUGCCCCAACAGAGGUGCUGGACUUGAAACCGCACCGCACUCCUUGGAGACCAUCGUUCGCUGCCCAGGAUUAGCUUUCCCAGCAGCCCAGCGCAGAGCCAACGAUCUCUAGCAGAGCCACAAAUCCCGGCUAUAGAGAUUGCUGCCGCUCACUUCCUAAAAUCGUAAAGAAUUGAAAAUAAAUGAAAUUCCAACUCAAGAA